AUGAGUGGCACAGGACUCGGAUGGCCCGCUUUAGUGCCACCAUACCGCAACCGCCUUGAAGAGUGGUUUAGCACGCCUGAGAAAUUGCAUGCCUCAUUCGACACGAGGGAAGAGCUUGUAUCAUUGCUUAGGGCUUGCGAUAACACGCUUCUUGAAAGUAGCCUGCAGUUGAUUGCGGAUGCACUUCUUGAAUGGCAUGCAGACAAUGCUCGCACAGUUGCGAGUGGGCGCAGGGAAUCAAGGAGGCGCUUGACAGAGUGCUUGCCCAGUGUCCCGGGAACUGGCCUUAGCUUGCAUGAGCAUUACAAUCAGAUUGCACUUCAGAGUCCACUUGCGUUGCUUCCGGUUCUUCGCAAGCGGAAGUUAGCUACUGAUAGGGUCGUAGAUCGCGGUGCCAGGGCCACUGAGGAGAUACGGCUUCGGCAGGAGUAUGCAUUGCGUCUUGCAGCCAUCAUGCAGGAGGCGCAACUGCCGGUGUGCAAGGUGCUUGCAGGGGUCAGCAAUGCCGAGGAAGCCUGGCCACGGCUGUUCGGGACCCGUCGAUCCAAGACAUUGAGAAAUCGCUUUAGAGCUUGGGACAAGUUUCGGGAAUGGUUGCUUUAUAGCCGUGGCAGGAGCUAUCCGGAAGGGGUAGCUGAUGUGCUAGAUUAUGCCAAUGAACGAUUCCAGGAAGGAUGUGGAAAGACAGUUCUCGAAAGCCUGCAAGCCUCUCUCAGUGUAAUUGAAGGUGUAGGGCGCGUGCCGUCUACGCAGCAGAUAUCUCAGGAUCCCACAUGGCAGGCGCAGCUCAAAAGUUACACGGCCGAUUUGGUUUCGGCGGCACCGCCGGAGCAGCCAGCCAGCAUGCUCACUGUUGCUAUCGUUCUUGCAUGUGAGAUCUUCGUUUGCACGCCCGGGGAGCCUAGUUACUUGAGAGCAUUGGGCUUUGUCUGCUUAUUGAUGGUUUGGGGAUCGCUUCGGGCUGAUGAUGUUCAGGGGCUCUUGCCGCAGACCAUGCUUCUGGACGAGCGAGGGCUUAGCAUUGAUCUCGCGCGGUCCAAGACUACAGGGCCCGACAAAAGGACCCACACCGUCAAGGUCUUCGUGGAACGGAGUAUCUCUCUGACAGGGCAUGAUUGGCUGAAGGCCGGAUAUGCACUUUGGAAGGAUUUCGAUUUUGAGAGGGAUUAUUUGGUUUUGAAGGCCAAUGAAGGUUUCACGGAACCCCUUGAGAAGUCGGUGCCUUCCUCCACGGUGGCCCUUUACUUCCGCAAAGUUCUCAGUGAGUUGAAGACGCCCAAGCGUGAGGGGCGCACCUGGAAGGCCAAUGAUCAGCGUCCGCUGCUCCCAGGAUACACUUCCAGUCAUUUUACGGGCCAUUCUGCGAGGAACUUCCUUAGCUCGGUCGGAGCGGCCAUCGAUGUCGACCCCAGGGAGCUUGAUUAUCUGGGUCGCUGGAAGGUAGGUGGCGAAGGUUCUGCAACCUACAUUCGCACUUCUAGGCAGGUUGUGCAUCGUCUCCAGAGUCACAUUGCUUGUUCCCUUGUCACCGGACAGCCAAAGCACUACAUCGAGGUGGAUUCCAUCAAGGCUUUGACGGACUAUGCAGCUAAGGCGGGGGAGAGCGAGUCUCAGGUUCGUCGCCGUCACACCCUCCUCGAGGGAUCCAAAGGCUUGGGCGGGUCGUGGCCAACUCUGGCAUUGGAAGUGGGUGUUGCGGCACCACCUUCUCCAGUCGAGCAGGUUUCGAUGCCAGGCAGCCGGGGGGAUUACUUCAUCGUUACCUCUCGCACCACAGGCCUGAGGCGUCUGCACAUGUUGGGCUGCUAUGUCAAGCCUGAGAAUUGUUAUGAUGUGAAAUUUGUCAGUCAUGUCGGCGCGGAGGACGUCGAUAACAUUUGCAAAGAUUGCAAAGCAAGAAUGAAGGCUCAGGCCGGAGAGGAGGAAUCAGACCCCUCCAGCAGUGACAGUGGGAGCGAGUCGAUGUGA